AUGGCAGACCGCGAAGAUGAUGACCGCCAGGCGCGCGAGGACGAAGGUGAAGAGGAGUUGGAUGAGACAGAUUACAAGUCGCAAAAGGAUGCGGUUCUGUUCGCAAUUGAUGUGAGCGCAUCGAUGCUGAAGCCUCCGCCUGCUGCAGAGUCCAAGAAGGCCGACAAAGACAGCGCUAUGACCGCUGCCUUGAAGAGCGCUUAUCAGCUGAUGCAGCAACGCAUCAUCGCCCAACCCAAGGACAUGAUGGGCAUCUUGCUCUUUGGGACUGAGAAGUCCAAGUUUCGGGAAGAGAGGAACGGCGGAUCGGGUUAUCCGCACUGCUACUUACUCACCGAACUCGAUGUGCCUUCAGCUGAAGACGUCAAGGUCAUCAAGGUUAUGGCUGAGGAAGGAGAAGAUCCGAAUGAGAUACUUACACCUGCAUCUGCGAAAGAUGGUGUCUCCAUGGCGAAUGUGUUGUUCUGUGCCAACCAGAUCUUUACAACCAAUGCAGCAAAUUUCGGAUCUCGGAGAUUGUUCAUCAUCACUGAUAAUGAUGAUCCUCAUGCUGGCGAUAAGGCUGCUCGUUCAUCUGCGGCUGUUCGUGCUAAAGAUCUGUUUGAUCUUGGUGUGACUAUUGAGCUAUUCCCUAUCAGUCAAGAUGGCAAGAAGUUCAAUUUAGAGAAAUUCUAUACCGAUAUCAUUUACCGCGAUCCGACUUCAGACUUCGGCUCUGCGGAUGAGGUCAAGGCGUCCAAGUCAGGCGAUGGGUUGACUCUUCUAUCGUCUCUUAUCUCCAAUAUCAACUCCAAGCAGACACCGAAAAGAGCAUAUUUCUCCAGGAUCCCAUUCGAAAUCGCACCUGGCCUAACGGUUUCAAUCAAUGGCUACAUUGUUGUACACCGCCAAACUAUUACUCGAACCUCCUAUAUCUGGCUUGGAGAUAGCGACAAGGCCCAAGUUGCCACAGGCGAGACCACAAAACUCGACAACGACGAGAGAACAGUCCAGAAGUCCGAAAUUAAGAAAGCCUACAAAUUCGGCGGCGAGUAUGUGUAUUUCACUCCUGAGGAGCUGAAGGAGGUCAGAAAAUUUGGUGAGAAGGGCCUGCGCAUCAUCGGCUUCAAGCCUAGAUCUAUGCUGCCCUCAUGGGCGUCCGUCAAGCCGUCAGUAUUCAUCUUCCCUAGUGAGGGAGGCUACGUUGGCUCGACUCGUGUCUUCUCCGCUCUGUGGCAGAAACUGCUCAGCAGUAACAAGAUGGCACUUGCCUGGUACGUUCCACGAUCCAAUGCGACACCACUCUUAGUCGCAAUUCUCCCGUCCAAAUCCCAGUCGGACGAGUCAUCAGGGACGCCAUUCCUUCCAGCUGGACUUUGGUGCUACCCUCUGCCGUUUGCAGACGACCUCAGAGAUCUGGAGCCCCUCAAGGGCAAAGAGGUACACAGAGCCUCGAAUGACUUGGUUGAUCAGACUAGAGUCAUUGUACAAAACCUACAGCUUCCGAAAGCCAUCUACAACCCAUCCAAGUACCCGAACCCGGCACUCCAGUGGCAUUACAAGAUCCUGCAAACUCUUGCAUUGGAGGAAGAGAUCCCAGAAGAGCCGGAGGAUGGGACCCUGCCUCGGUACAAAACUAUCAACAAGAGAGUUGGCGGAUAUCAAGUAGAAUGGGCCGAAAGCAUCAAAAAGGAGGCGGAGACUCUGAAGAAAGAGUUGUCAUUCAAGAGGGAGGCAGAUGACGAUGCAGACGAGCGACCUGUGAAGAAAGCCAAAACUGCUAGCACGGCGAAGAAACCGUCAGGCGGUAUGACUCUGGCUCAGCUGAAGCUAGCAGUUGAACAGGAUACUCUCAAGAAGAUGACAGUCAAUGAUUUGAAGGAGGUAUUAACAAGCAAGGAUCUCUCAACAGCCGGGAAAAAGGCCGAUCUCCUAGACAGGGUUGCUCAGUGGGUCGAGGAGAAUUCUUAG